AACGGCUCUCCACAUAAUUCCAUCAGAGGCGCUACAUCACCGAAGCUCCAAUCUAUCUGUCCGCUGUUUCUCUGUGCGGCCGUGGAAAUAACAAAUUAAUUUACUACCUGUUUUUUUUUUUGUUUUAUUUUUGGUUAAAAAAUGGCAAGCAGCUUCUCAAGAAUCCUGUCCUCCAAAAGAAAAGUGGGGAUCCUAUCGUUGCUAGGGGGCUCCGUAACGGCUGGAUUUCUGCUCCACCGGGAACAUGUCAGCGCCGGAUUGCCCGUGCGCAGGCGGUACCCCGCCAGUGCGGAGUUCCCUGACCUACGCAAACACAACAACUGCAUGGCCAGUAACCUGACACCUGCUAUCUAUGCCAAGCUGUGUGAUAAGGCCACUCCCAAUGGUUUUACAUUGGACCAGGCCAUCCAGACGGGCGUGGACAACCCUGGGCACCCUUUCAUCAAGACCGUUGGGUUGGUGGCAGGAGACGAGGAGUCUUAUGAGGUAUUUGCAGACCUGAUGGAUCCUGUCAUCAAAGAGAGGCAUAAUGGCUAUGACCCCUGCAUCAUGAAGCACCCCACUGACCUGGAUGCCAGUAAGAUCCAGUCAGGCCAUUUUGAUGACCGUUACGUGCUGUCAUCCAGGGUGAGGACAGGACGCAGUAUCCGGGGGCUGAGCUUGCCUCCUGCCUGCACUCGGGCAGAGCGCAGGGAAGUGGAAAGGGUGGUUGUGGACGCCCUUUCUGGUCUAAAGGCUGACCUAGAGGGAAAAUACUACAGUCUUACCCAAAUGACAGAGCAGGAGCAGCAACAACUCAUCGAUGACCACUUUUUGUUUGACAAGCCUGUUUCACCCCUGCUGACCUGUGCCGGUAUGGCUCGUGACUGGCCAGAUGCUCGUGGUAUUUGGCACAACAAUGAGAAGACAUUCUUGAUUUGGAUCAAUGAGGAGGAUCACACCAGGGUCAUCUCUAUGGAGAAGGGAGGCAACAUGAAGAGAGUUUUUGAGAGGUUCUGCAGAGGCCUCAAGGAGGUGGAGCGUCUGAUCCAGGAGAAAGGCUGGGAGUUUAUGUGGAACGAGAGGCUUGGUUAUAUCCUCACCUGCCCCUCCAACCUGGGCACAGGUCUCAGGGCUGGAGUCCAUGUCAAACUACCCUUGAUGGGCAAGGAUCCCCGCUUCAGUAAGAUCUUGGAGAACCUGCGACUGCAGAAGCGAGGGACAGGUGGAGUGGACACUGCAGCAGUGGGCGGCGUGUUUGACAUCUCCAACCUGGAUCGUCUGGGACAGUCCGAGGUCCAGCUGGUGCAGACAGUGAUAGAUGGCGUCAACUAUCUAAUUGAGUGCGAGAAGAGACUGGAGAAAGGCCAGGACAUCAAGGUGCCCCCACCUCUCAAGCAGUUUAAGUAGACACUGAUCCCUCAUCCCUGCACACAGACCUCUGGGCACACACAUAUGCACAAACACCCUUCUAUGUGCCCAUAGAUAUUACAAAUAUCUAUGUCCUUGCCUCAUUCGCAACUACUAUUACUACUAUCCUACCUAUCUAAUCACCCCUCCCUCCCCCACAAUAUACUUUAUAAUUUAAUGGAUAUAUGUCAUUCAUAGCUAUCUGGCUAAACCUAAUUAGAGUCCCAGAACUCGGCUGUAUUAAGACCAAAGCACUAUAUCAAACUGAGCUCCGAUUCUAGUCUUGCUUUAAAUGGCAACGGUGAUUUUUAAGGUUGCAGAAAUUGUGGGGCUGUCUUUGCAUGGCCAACCAGUAUCGGUGGCUCUGCCCUUAAACCACACUCCUUAUGUACUUCUACUCUGCCGAGUCCCUUCUUACAGCAUGUCCCUCACCCCACCCCACACUCCUGCGUGUUGAUUGCCUAUUAUGUUCCUGUGUAGUCCCUCCGUAUGUGCUAUACUCUCCAUCGUGGAUUGUGUGUACAGUGUCUUUUUACCAUUUUGAGUGGAUUUGAAUGUAGAUUUACUGACUGCAGACUGAAGAGAUGUGUUCUCCAUAGGAUUUGUAUGUAUGAUGACAUACUGGUGAUAUUAAAAUGUAUUAACACACUGGCCGGGUUGGGUUCUGCACUGUAAGCUCCUGGAGCAAUAUCAUUUUAGCUGAAUGUCGCAUUGUAAUGUAUUUUAUUAAAGAGACCAUCUUUUUAACAGUA